CAUUUCUCCAAGAGGAACCUGCUGGCACGUUUCCUUUGUCACAAACCUCUCCUGAAAUUCCGAGAGAAUUGCCCCCAAGAGGACACCUUGCUUUUAAGAAUCAGCUCUAGCUCUACGCAGUCUAUUCCACAUUCCAAUGACAUGGACAUGGCUGGUGUGACCCACGCCUCGGAAGGCCACCAUGGCCUGGGGACCAGCAUGUUUGUCCCACAGAACACCCAAGGGGAAGAAGACAGCAGGCCAGGAAGAAAUUGCAAUGACUUUGAAGAUGCACAGGACCCACAGACUGCUGUGCCCCCGCCUUUACUUCCCAUGGCUUCUGGCGGCUCUCAGGAGGGGUCAUCUCCAUGCCAUCUGUUGACAGUGAGGAUCAUUAGCAUGAAAAAUGUUCGGCAGGCUGAUAUAUUGAGUCAGACAGAUUGCUUUGUGACCCUCUGGCUGCCUACUGCCUCUCAGAAGAAGCUGAGGACCAGAACCAUCUCCAACUGCCCACACCCAGAGUGGAAUGAAAGCUUUACCUUUCAGAUCCAGACUCGAGUAAAGAAUGUUCUAGAGUUCAGCAUCUGUGAUGAAGAUACAUUGACACAAAAUGACCAUCUCUUGACAGUCCUCUAUGACCUCUCCAAGCUCUGCCUUCGGAAUAAAACCCACGUGAAGUUCCCGCUGAACCCAGAGGGCAUGGAAGAACUGGAAGUGGAGUUCCUGCUCGAAGAAAAUGUCUCCUCAUCAGAGACCCUCAUCACCAAUGGCGUGCUGGUGUCUCGCCAAGUCUCUUGCCUGGAGGUUCAUGCAGAAUCCAGGAGGCCGAGGAAGAGGAAGAAAAACAAAAACCUUCUGGUGAUGGUGACAGACUCCUUCGAGAACACCCAGUGUGUCCGGCCCUGUCUGGAGCCCUGCUGCCCCAAUCCUGCCUGCUUCCACUACCCCAAAUACUCCCAGCCCCAGCUUUAUGCAGAGGCACCUAAGAGCCACUGGAGCUAUAGGCUUUGCUGCUGUGAAGCACAAAGGAAUGACACAGUCUGCCAGCCCCUCGAUUGCCUUUCCGAUGGCCAGCCGAUGACCCUGCCUGUGGGAGAGAACUAUGAGUUACACAUGAAGCCCUCACCCUGCUCUAACACACUGGAUGUGCGACUCGGGUUCAGCCUGUGCCAGGAAGAGGUGGAGUUUCUGCAGAAGCGGAAGGUGGAGGUGACCAAGGCACUGAAUCAAGUGCUGCAACUGGAGGAGGGCCUGCAUGAGGAUGAGGUACCGAUGAUAGCCAUCAUGGCCACAGGAGGUGGCACGAGGUCUAUGGUCUCCUUGUAUGGCCACUUGCUGGGGCUGCAGAAGCUGAACCUUCUGGACUGUUCUGUUUACCUCACCGGCUUGUCAGGUGCAACCUGGACAAUGGCUACCUUGUACAGUGAUCCUGAGUGGUCAUCCAAAGACCUGGAACCUGUUGUCUUUGAGGCCCGGAGACAUGUUGUCAAAGACAAGAUGCCUGCACUGUACCCAGAUCAGCUCUGCAAAUGGCAAGAGGAACUCCGACAACACAGCCAGGAGGGCUACAAGACCACGUUCACAGACUUUUGGGGCAAGCUGGUCGAGUACAGUCUGGGAGAUAAGAAAAAUGAAUGCAAGCUGUCAGAACAGCGAGCUGCUCUGUGCCGGGGACAGAACCCUCUGCCCAUCUACCUCACUAUCAAUGUCAAGGAUGAUGUAAGCAACCAGGAUUUCAGAGAAUGGUUCGAGUUCUCCCCCUACGAGGUGGGCAUGCAGAAGUACGGAGCCUUCAUCCCCACGGAGCUAUUUGGCUCUGAGUUCUUCAUGGGGCGGCUGAUGAAGAGGAUUCCUGAGCCAGAGAUGUGCUACAUGCUAGGGUUGUGGAGUAGCAUCUUUUCCCUGAACCUGCUUGAUGCUUGGAAUUUGUCCCACACCUCGGAGGAGUUUUUCUAUAGGUGGACCAGGGAGAAACUGCAUGACAUCGAAGACGAUCCCCUCCUGCCUGAAAUCCCCAGAUGUGAUGCUAACCCCUUGGAGACCACAGUAGUGAUCCCAGCCACAUGGCUGUCCAACACCUUCCGAGAAAUCCUCACACACAGGCCCUUGGUGUCUGAGUUCCACAACUUCCUGUACGGGUUGCAGCUGCACACCGACUACUUACAGAACAAACAGUUCUGUAUGUGGAAAGACACAGUACUGGACACCUUCCCAAACCAGCUGACACAGUUUACAAAACACCUGAACCUGCUGGACACUGCAUUCUUUGUCAACUCCAGCUAUGCGCCCCUCCUUAGGCCAGAGAGAAAAGUCGACCUUAUCAUCCAUCUCAAUUACUGCUCAGGAUCCCAGACAAAGCCCCUGAAACAAACCUGCGAGUACUGCACGGAGCAGAAUAUCCCCUUCCCCAACUACUCCAUCCAGGAGGACGACAAAAGUCUCAAGGAGUGCUAUGUGAUGGAGAAUCCCCAGGAGCCCGAUGCACCCAUCGUGGUCUACUUCCCACUCAUCAAUGACACCUUCCAGAAGUACAAGGCUCCAGGUGUAGAGCGAAGUCCUGAGGAGCUAGAACUGGGCCAGCUGAACAUCUAUGGACCAAAGUCUCCCUAUGCCACCAAGGAGCUGACAUACACAGAGGCCGCCUUCGACAAGCUGGUGAAGCUCUCAGAGUAUAACAUCCUCAAUAACAAAGACAAGCUCAUUCAGGCCGUGAGACUAGCAAUGGAGAAGAAACGCAUGAAGAGCCAGUGUCCCUCCUAGGCCCGAGGGAGUCCUAUCCAUCUUGUGUCUGCUUCUAUUGUCAGAAGCAUCACCCCUCAAAGCAGACCUCACACAGCUGGCUGGCCCUGCUCUCUGGCUGGGGGGUGCAGCAGCUUGGCCUGGGCUUUCUAGUAAAAUGUUACAAAUGAACAAAGGAGAGAGAGAGAAAAGAAGAGUCUAUUGGGUUUUAUACCCCUGGAGUUUCUCUCCACUUUCUGGCAAGGAAGGUACCAUGGUCACAGACUCGCACAUGGUCUCAAGUAUAGAAUGUGACUGUGUGUGCACAGAGAGUGGCUAGUUCCCAAGAGACCUCACUCACCCUUCCAGCUGGAGGCAAAGCUCCCCUACGCCUCCCCUCCCCUCCUCUCCUUUUCUUCCUCCCAUGGCCAGCCUAGAGAAAUGUCCAGGAAGACCAAAAACUGCUUUAAGUUUCUCUAGAAAAUGCUUUGUAAAUUUAAGGUAAUUCAUUGCAUCCGUGGAAUUUUUGUUGUCGAUAAUAUUUUGUGAUUUAUUUUUAUUUUUUACUACGAUGAAGAGAAUAUUAGGGGAAAGCCUGACCUCUGACACGGCAAAGCCAAACAGGUGACUAACCCAUGUCACUAGUGCCUCUUCAGCUACCAGAGCCCUGGGCUAGAGAUCAUGUGAGCUUGACCAGGACUAGGUCUAAGCCUCAGCUCCAGUGAAACCAGGCACUGUGGACAACGCAGCAGAAGCUCACAGAGUGAGGAUCCAGGAUGCCAUCCAGGGAGGCCUGGGCAGGCUGUGGGCAAGCAGCACCGGGUACACGACACUUCCCAGUGCCAUUAAUGAUCGCUGGCGUCUCUCUGGCUUGCAGAUGGGGUUAUUUAUUUAUAAGUAUGAUUCCUCUUAUUUAUCACAGAAACACUAUGACUUGUUAAUCUAAGCCCUUAUACAGUGACUCAGAGAAUAAGGUUAGGAAAGAUGACCUCAGAAUGGUGAGUUUGGAUUCUGACAAAGACCUCAGCUUUAGAGGAGAAUCUGAGGGGAAGCCCUGAGCACCCAGACACUCAGACUCCAGGCUUCACUAAAGGAUAGAAGGGGGCCCCUGCAGUGAGCAGGGAAAAGCAGAAGGGCAGUUAGGGAUGUGGCCUUUGUGGACCCAACAAGCCUGGAGGACAUGAUCCCUCCACAGUCCUGGUUGUUGAAAGAUGAGUAGUACCCAACAGUUUUGUUUGUUUCAAAUGGGCUCCUGCUUCCAUCGUUGCUACUUGAAGUAUGAUUGGGGCUGACUAUGAACUCAGACCCAGCCACACUGGCAGGAACCCAUACUGUAAAAAGACCAGUGUCCCUCUCUCUUCUCCAGACUUACCUGUCAGUCACAUCUGGUGAGGGGAUUUGACUCCUAUGUGGAUAACAUUGGGGAAGAAUGGAUUUAUUACUCUCUCCUACCAGCUUGGGGAGCAUGAGUCCACAGACUCCUUUGAGCCGUUACUAAGCUGGGCUUCUGAGCCUGCAAAACUGACCCCUGCCCAGGUGCUGCUGUUGUGAGCGGGAUGUCCAGUACUUCCUCUAGCCCUCCAAGUAGCUGGCUGCUUUUGUUUCCCUCAUGCAGGGAACAGGCUCUGAAUUAUCAGAGAGAGCCAGAACAGAACCUGCAUUUUGCAAGGCAAAGGCAGCCAUGUCUUGGACUCACCAUAGCAUACAAAGUUUAUAAGAGCACUGUACCAUUUGAGCACAGAAUAAAGUGGUUAUGAAGGCGAA